ACUCCUGCACGGUAGGUGGCGGUAAUGCACCUCUAACGUUGGUUGCCAUCCGCUGUAAAACAAGAAGAAGACGAAGAAGAACGUGCUUUCUUGAGUUUGGCAUCAAAUCAGUUGCAUGAUUUACUUAUGAUGAGGACUUUUCAGUGUUUUUGUUGCUACAUACGUUUUGCACAUUAUGUCUAACUGGACGGACUGAACGUCGCAUCUAAUCCUCGGUGAUUUCCGCCUAUUCACAUGUAUCACCGUACUUCACUGUAUGCGACUGACCUUGCCCCGGUUUAACAGACUAGCUCAGUGCUAACCUCGUCUCCUCAUCCUUGACUCGCCCUGUAUUGCAUGCAUUUACGAUGGAAGAUGAAACCUACACCGAUAUUAAUGGAAAAGCCAUAUCACUGGACUGUCAGAGUCACUCGGGUCUCUGCAGGGAGUUCACUGUCAGCUCUGCUAAAGUGUCCAUCGGUAAGGUGAUGGUGUACACCUGCUCUGUGUGGCUCUUUGCGUACGCUGUCUUCUUCUUCACACAGGUGAGACCACAGACAAAGAGUAACACUAACUUUAACCUAAUAGAUAAACCUUCUUUCUAAGUAUUUAAGGGAUAUUCCGGUGUAGAAUUAAGUAGCAGAUAGCAAUACACAGCGGUCUGAGGAUCCAUAAACUACGGACUACAGCGGGGUGACGCAGCUCAAGGAAAAACAUUUAUGAUCAUUUCUUCAUGGAAAUACAAUCAAAUCGAGAUAACAGCCAUAACCUUGUGUCCCUCAAUGAGACCUGCAUAUGUCUGUCCUCCAUGUCUUGCAGAACACCGCUGUCCUGUCCUGUGCCAUAUUAAUCACCCUGGUUGGCAUGAUGUUUCACAUCCACUUUGUGAAGGUGGACCAUGAGUCCUUGCUCGUCAUCGGCUCCUUGGGCAUACAGGUGUCCUCCAGCUACGCCUCAGGCAGAGAGACCACCACGUUCAUUGAGAUGAGUAGGAUCAAGGAUAUAGUCAUCAAUGAAGCUAUAUACAUGGUGAAUAUGAAAAAUUAUAUAUAAGGAAAUUCAUACUCUUACAAUGACAUUUAAAGGGAUAUUCCGGCAUAAAAUAAAGUUAGGGUCAAACACACCGCAAUACCAAGUUAUACACCCUGUCAAGAGAUGAAAGUUGCCAACCGCUUGCUUUGGUGAUACGGUGUGUUUGACCCUAACUUAAUUUUACGCCGGAAUAUCCCUUUUAACUACAGUUGUUGUGCUAUUUAGGUAAUAGUCACUAACAUUUUCUUUCAGCAUCAGAUCAUCUAUUACCUGUGUGUGCUGUUGAAGGACCCGUCAGAACCUAACGCAGUCUCCAGUGUUGUCCCAUUGUUCCAGGUGAGGUUAAAUACCAGACACUCACUUCUCUGCGUCAUAGAGCAGAUUGCUUCAGGGGAGUUCCUUGUGUUUGUAUCUGUCUUGUUUACCUUUUUUUAGGACGUCUAGUCCACCGAGUAACCUGUUUCUCAUCACCCUGCUGUCUUCUUCUUUUCAGAACUCGAAGCCAAGGCUGAACUGUCUGGUGAAAGUCUACAAAAGCUGCCAAGAGAUUCUGUCAAAGUGCUGACGGCUUUAAGUGUCGGUCAUCCAAAAGGAGAGGGUCCUGGUUGAGCAGCAUAUUUUAAUAUUCCUUAGUUUAUGUUAUUCUAACUUUUUUUUUUCUCCCUAAAAAGAGACAGUUAGUUAUAUUUAGAUGACGUGUUUAAAACUAAUGAGCCAAACCUUUUAUACUAAACUUAAUAUAUUAACAGCUAGAAACAUCCUUCAAUAAAUUAUCAUUUUGUUAUUUAUUACUUUGUCUACGAUUAAUUUUACUUUUUAUGCUGAUCCUUGCAUUUCAGAGGGUUUUCAAAACUGUAUUUUUGUAAUAAGAACAAUUGUAAUAAAACACAAAAUCAAUAUUGCCCCUAA